AUGUCGUCCCCGUCGGCCUCUGCAUCUCCAGACGCUGCAAGCAUCAUCGCAACAGAGAGAGAUACAAGCACCACGAGCAGUAAAACACUAGGAAAAAGUGAUGGGAAACCAGCCAAAGAGGAGGGAAACCUCAGUGUCAAACACAGUAAAAGCCCUGUCUCAGGACAAGAACAACACAGACCAGAUAAUGAGAGACAUCUGCUUAUCAGAGGAACUGAGAAAGUCCUACAGAGCAAAUCUGAACCCAACGGGAACUAUGCGAAUUUGAAGAACAAUCGAGACCAGGACACUUUAUUUAAACCUCCACGAAAGAAGAGGACUGUGACUGUAGACUCCUCCAAGGCCAAAACCUCAUUGGAGGCUCUGAAGAUCAGUAUCAAGCACCUUAAAUGGAAAGAGUUUCCCUUGGGACGACGAAGUGCCUGUGACAUAUAUUGGCACGGCGUGUCUUUCCACGAGAAUGCAAAUAUUGUCUCGGGACAAGUCAACAAGUUUCCAGGAAUGGUUGAAAUGCUGAGAAAGAUCAACAUGAGCCGAGCAAUGCGAACUAUGCAGGAGCUGUUCCCAGAGGAGUAUGACUUCUAUCCGCGCUCGUGGAUAUUACCUGAAGAGUACCAGCAGUUCACCGCACAGCUUCGGAUGGAGAAGGAUAGCGACGUUUUGAUCCACCACACCUUCAUAGUGAAACCUGACGGGGGCUCUCAGGGAGACGGUAUCUACCUCAUCCGUGACCCCAGUGACCUGAAGCUGGUUUCUGGCUCACAAGUCCGACAAGGAGUAGUCCAGGAGUACAUCCACAAGCCAUUACUCAUCGACAAGCUCAAGUUUGACAUCCGCCUGUACGUCCUCAUCAAGUCCAUUGAACCACUGGAGAUCUACAUUGCCAAGGAAGGGCUGACGAGAUUCUGCACAGAGCCUUACCAGGAGCCAAGCCAGAAGAAUUUGAGCCAUGUCUUCAUGCACCUGACAAAUUACUCUCUCAAUGUGCACAGUGGUAAUUUUGUCCACUCAGACAGCCAGAGCACAGGCAGCAAGCGCACCCUGUCCAGUGUGCUGUACAGGCUGGCGGCUAAAGGGGUGGACAUCAAGAAGGUGUGGUCAGACAUUAUCGCAUUAGUUAUUAAGACCAUCAUCGCUGUAGUGCCUGAGCUAAAGGUUUACUACCAGGCCGAGAUUCCUCCAGGGAAACCGGGCCCUACUUGUUUUCAGAUAUUGGGAUUUGAUAUACUCCUGAUGAAGAACCUGAAACCAAUCCUGCUAGAAGUAAACUCUAAUCCAAGCAUGAGGAUCGAGCACGAGCAGGAGAUAGCACCAGGUGUUUUUGAAUACGUCCCCAGUCCUGUGGACGAGGACGUGAAAGUGAACGUGAUCAGAGAUACACUUCGCCUGAUGGAUCCCGGCCGCAAGAAACUAGCAAUAGCUCUGCCGAAGCCCGCAGGAGAUGGAGAGGAGGUUUCGGAGGAGCCCGACUCGCCCACGUCCAGUCCAGAAGCAGUGUUACCGUCUCUGUGUCUCAAACAAGUUUACCCAAAAUACACCAAACAGUUCACCUACCUGCGGCUGGUGGAGCGCAUCGCCGCCCUCUUCAUUCGCUUCCUGGGCGUCAAAGGCAACAUGCGCCUGGGCCCCACCGCCUUCAGGACCUUCAUCCGGACCUGCAAGCUGAGCAACAGUGCUUUCACCAUGGCCUCUGUGGACAUUCUCUACAUUGAUAUCACACGACGUUGGGCAGGAACCCUGGUCGACUCCAGAGAAGCAGGAAUGGGUCUGCAGGCGUUCGUGGAGGCCUUCUCGUCUCUGGCCUGUCGCAGGUUCAAGUCGGUGUCUCGGCGUCAGCAGGUGGUGGCGCUGCUGGAGCUGUGCGAGGCCGGCGUGUCGGAGGAGCGGCGUUCUCUGAGCUGCAGCCGCGCCCUCUCCGGAGGCAGCAGGUCGGUGACUCGCUCCUCUCACCUGUCGCCGGCCCCUCUGCGGCGAGCGGCGAGCCAGGACCAGCGCCUUCACUACAGGCUCAAAGCUCGCACUCUCAGGGUCAACGCAGACAACUGA